CACAUACCAAAUUAACCAGCCAUCUUCAAUGGAGAAGAGGUCAUGCUGUGGUGGGGAUAUACCGCCGCCCUGCUGUGCCGUUGGCUCAAACAGGGUGUCAAGUACUAAAUGCGGUUGUUUUCCUGGAUUUCACUUCUUCACAGGCCGUUCUUGUCUCCCUUGCCCUGCUGACACUUAUCAGGAUGAACAAGGACGAACAUCUUGUAAGACUUGUCCAGUUAAUACAGGAACAUUUGGUAAAACAGGAAUGACGAACCAGGUCAACUGCACAGGUUGUGCUCCUGGAUUUCGUUUCGCUCCUGGUUUUAACAGUUCCUGUCUCCGAUGUCUGUCAGACACAUAUAGGGAUGAGAAAGGCAAAAGGGAGUGA